GCUAGAAGAAGACUUCGUCUCGAUCCUUCGAGCAAUCUAUACUUCCCCUAUGAACCAGGAAAGCAGGCGAGGAGUGCAAUUAGGAUUAAGAAUUCCAGCAAGUCUUACGUUGCAUUUAAGUUUCAAACUACUGCACCAAAGAGUUGUUAUAUGCGCCCCCCUGGCGGUAUUCUUGCUCCUGGAGAAAAUCUCGUUGCUACUGUGUUCAAGUUUGUGGAGCAUCCAGAGAACAAUGAAAAGCCUACAGAUCAGAAGAGUAAGGUUAAAUUCAAGAUCAUGAGUCUAAAGGUCAAAGAAGGAACAGAUUUUGUUCCUGAGUUGUUUGAUGAGCAAAGGGAUCGAGUCACUAUUGAGCGAAUAUUACAAGUUGUCUUCUUGGAUCCAGAGCGCUCAACUACUGCACUUGAAAAAUUGAAGCGUCAAUUGGCUGAAGCUGAUGCUGCUACAGAAGCACGCAAGAAGCCUCCUCCACCUGACACAGGUCCACGUGUUGUUGGGGAAGGUCUUGUUAUAGACGAAUGGAAAGAGCGAAGGGAGAAAUAUCUUGCACGGCAGCAGGUUAAAGCUGUAGAUUCGAUGUAAAGCGUUUAUUGGGUUUUGACGUAUACAACACCAUCUUUCGCAAAUGAAUUUUUCUAGUGUUAUCUGCCAUAUCUGUAUUUAUUACCUGCUAAGGUUAUCAUCAUAGAGUAAUAGUGUGAUUGGAGAUCACUUGUUUAUGAGGUAAAAUGCACGUCACAGAAAUAUCCUCCUUCAGGUUGUCUUUUACUUUCUUGAUUGUACAUAUUGCACUCGAUGCUGUUAAUUUUAAUUUUAAUUUUUCAUUUCGUCUUUCA